AUCUUUCAAAGUCUUUUACACUGUAUAUCACAACCCCAAUUUCUGAAAAAAUACUCCCUUUUUUUUUUUUUUUCCUUCCCUUGUUCUACUUUGGUAAGGUUCAUAUUAUUCCAUUAAUCUGAAUUUCCAAGAAGCAGAGAAAUUGACCAGAAAAAAUCUUAUCUUUCAAGUCUUUUUCACUGUCUAUCACAACCCCAUUUUCUAAAAAAAGACCCCUUUUUCUUCUUCUACCUUUGGUCUUCAGUCUAUUUUUGACUAUUUGAGAAUUAGUCCGUCCAUCAAUCUUACUUUCCAAGAAGCAAAGAAAUUGACCCCUGAAAAAAAAAUAAAAAUUGCAGACUCAUCUCAAGAAAAAAAAUCUAAUCUGUCAAGUCUUUUACACUGUAUAUCACAACCUCAUUUUCUUACAAAGUAGUAGUCCUUUUCUCUUGUUACUUUGGUAUUCAGUUCAUUUUUGUGAAUUAGUUCAGAAGAGAAAUUGACCACAAAAAAAAUUGCAGACUCAUCUCAGAAAAAUCUUAUCUUUUAAGUUUAUCACUGUUCAUCACAAACCCAAACUCUAAAAAACACUCAUUUUUCCUGGUCCUACUUUUGUGUUCAACUCAUUAAUCAAUAGUCCAUCAAUCUUAAUUCUCAAAAAAGCGAGAAAUUUCCCAGAACAAUCAUAAAAAUCUGCUCUUUUUCUGUUUUUUUCUUGGUUUUCAGUUCAAUUGUCAAUUGAUCCAUCAAUCUUGAGGUACCAAGAAAUUGACUCAGAAAAAUUUGCAACCAGGUGAUUUAAAAAUCCAAAAUUUUGUAAUCUUCUCCAGGUUCUUGAAGGUUCAGGGAAAUGAAGGAAGAAAAUUCAAGUUGGUUUGUUAAAUGGGAAGAAGAAUUGCCUUCUCCUAAUGAGCUAAUGCCUUUAUCCCAAACGUUAAUUACUCCUGAUUUAGCCAUAGCUUUUAAUAUUCAAAAUCGCAAUACCCCAAAUCCCAAAAACCAACCACCUGUACCAUCACAACUAGUUCAUACACCUUCAUGUCACCCUAACUCAUCAGCCGAGUUCGACUCGGCUGAGUUGGGUGGCACAGCAGGUUCUGACGAACCUGCACGCACCCCAAAAAGGCCUAGACUUGUGUGGACCCCACAGCUACACAAGAGGUUUGUGGAUGCAGUUGCACAUUUGGGGAUCAAGAAUGCUGUCCCAAAAACAAUAAUGCAGUUAAUGAGUGUAGAUGGGCUAACACGCGAAAAUGUUGCUAGUCAUUUGCAAAAAUAUAGGCUUUAUUUGAAACGUAUGCAGGGAUUUUCUAAUAGUGGCAUGGGUAGUGGCAGUGGGGCAGGGGCGGACACCGCAACAGAUCGUCUGUUUGCUAGUUCGCCCGUGCCCCCACAUUUUUUGCAUCCAGGGAGGGGAAAUCCGGACCAUUAUAUGCCAUUUGUACCAGUGGCUGCAGUUGUUGGACAUGCUCCACAAAUUCAGCAACAGUAUAGGCAUUUUGGGUCACCGCCAAAUGGGCAAUUUGAGGUUCCCUUCUUGUCUCGACAAUCGCAAGACCAUGUUCAGAGAAUGUUGCCUUCUUAUGUAGAGGAUUUUGAAUCAGCUACAACUGCUAGUGGGAAGAGAGUUCUUACUUUGUUUCCAACUGGUGAUGAUUAAUUUGUCUUAUGGGUAUUUCUAGAGACUGUCUUUGGAAUAAUGCUUUAGUCUUUGAUUUAGAAACUUUUAUUGGAUAAGUGGUGUUUCUGUUUUUAGUAUCUAUAUAUAUAUAGUCAUUUCUAUCGGUACUUGUAAAACAUGUGAAUUCACUUUCUAGUCCAUUGUUCAUGUCUUCAUGUUAAAGUUGUGUUAUCAAGAAUUAGGAUUUGGUGCAUAGUGUCGGUGCUGAAAUUGCUCACUUAGAUAAACUUUUACAAGUGUAAUUAUGUUAUGGUUAGCACUGUAUUAAUAAGUCGUUUUAUGGCAGUUCCGUCAA